CACACUCUCACACGCUCUCACACACGCUCUCACACACACCGCCGAGUGAGCGAGCGACCGACCGACCAGCCCUCCCUCUCUCUCUCUCUGUAUCUACCUCCCUCCCUUUCUCUCCCUCCAUCCACACUUCCCCGGCUCUAUUCUUUCCAUUCUGCGUGCGCUGCGUCUGGCUCGGGUAGAGAUCGGCGUUCCCUGGAAUUACAAAAAAAAAAAAGCAUGGCCGGUUGCUAGGUGGCAACGAGGCUGGAUGCUCGGAUGCGCCGGGGAGCUUUAAUUUUUUUAUUUUUUCACGAUGAUACACAAGCCGUCACAUCGCCAGUGCUGAGUUAGCGUUUGAGCGUCCAAAUUGGCCAAAGGAGAGAAGGCUACACUGUGUUCCAAGCCUGCAUCGGAUGGGAGUGGGAAGACUGCAACUACAGCUGCUCUGAAAAUUCCAAUUUCUUUGCACUUUCAACUCAGGAAUUUUUCACUUUUUAUUGACAAAUCAUUCCAGGAUUACCUCUCAGACUCCUCAAUGCGUCUUCGGACAAUUUCAGAAUCGUAAGCGCAGGAGUUGUACACCAUGGAGUUUCAGAGCGCAACUACGGCAGGGUUACCGGGUCCGCUUUCGCCCGGUCCCCUGUCCCCGUCUUCGGACUACGCCGGAGCCGUAUCCCCCAGCGGACUUCCAGGACCUUCUCACAGGGGCAGUCCAGGUCGAGGUUCUAGCCCCAGCAGGAGCCCAAUCAGGGGGGCAAGUCCGGGACCGAGUUACUCCGGUCAAGCGGCGUUCAACUACAACCAGCUCGAAGGGAGGUUUAAACAGCUACAAGAUGAGCGUGAGGCUGUCCAGAAGAAGACCUUCACUAAGUGGGUGAACUCUCACCUGUCUCGAGUGUCCUGCAGGAUCACUGACCUGUACAUGGACCUAAGGGACGGACGCAUGCUCAUCAAACUGCUGGAGGUGCUGUCCGGGGAGAGGCUGCCCAAACCCACCAAAGGGCGCAUGAGGAUCCACUGUCUGGAGAACGUGGACAAAGCUCUGCAGUUCCUGAAGGAGCAGAGGGUGCACCUGGAGAACAUGGGGUCACAUGACAUUGUCGACGGCAACCACAGACUCACACUGGGACUCAUCUGGACCAUCAUCUUACGCUUCCAGAUUCAAGACAUCAGCGUGGAGACGGAAGACAACAAGGAGAAGAAGUCUGCUAAAGAUGCUCUGCUGCUGUGGUGUCAGAUGAAGACCGCAGGCUAUCCAAACGUGAACAUCCACAACUUCACCACGAGCUGGAGAGACGGCAUGGCCUUCAACGCUCUCAUUCACAAACACAGACCGGACCUGAUCGACUUUGACAAGCUGAAGAAAUCCAACGCUCACUACAAUCUGCAGAAUGCCUUCAACCUGGCCGAGCAGCACCUGGGCCUCACCAAACUCCUGGACCCCGAAGACAUCAGCGUGGACCACCCUGACGAGAAAUCCAUCAUCACCUACGUGGUCACUUACUACCACUACUUCUCCAAGAUGAAGGCUCUGAAGGUGGAGGGCAAGAGGAUUGGAAAGGUUUUGGACAAUGCCAUCGAAACAGAGAAGAUGAUAGAGAAGUACGAGUCCCUGGCCUCAGACCUUCUGGAGUGGAUCGAGCAGACCAUCAUCAUCCUCAACAACAGGAAGUUUGCAAACUCUCUGGUGGGAGUUCAACAGCAGCUGCAGGCCUUCAACACCUACCGCACCGUGGAGAAACCCCCCAAGUUCACAGAGAAGGGAAACCUGGAGGUGCUGCUGUUCACCAUCCAGAGUAAAAUGAGAGCCAACAACCAGAAGGUCUACACCCCAAGAGAAGGAAAACUCAUCUCAGACAUCAACAAGGCGUGGGAGCGUCUGGAGAAGGCGGAGCAUGAGAGGGAGCUCGCCCUCAGGACAGAGCUGAUUCGUCAGGAGAAACUGGAGCAGCUCGCCCGCCGCUUUGACAGGAAAGCCGCCAUGAGAGAGACGUGGCUGAGCGAGAACCAGCGCCUCGUCUCCCAGGAUAACUUUGGAUUUGACCUCCAGGCUGUAGAAGCUGCCACCAAGAAACAUGAAGCCAUCGAAACAGACAUCGCAGCCUACGAGGAGAGAGUGCAGGCCGUGGUUGCCGUGGCGAGGGAGCUGGAGGCGGAGAGUUACCAUGACAUCAAACGCAUCACUGCACGUAAAGACAACGUGAUCCGGCUGUGGGAGUAUCUGCUGGAGCUGCUGAAGGCCAGGAGGCACCGUCUGGAGAUGAACCUGGGGCUGCAGAGGGUCUUCCAGGAGAUGCUCUACAUCAUGGACUGGAUGGACGAGAUGAAGAUGCUGCUGCUGUCUCAGGACUAUGGGAAACAUCUGCUGGGAGUGGAGGACUUGCUACAGAAACACGCUCUGGUCGAGGCCGAUAUCGGGAUCCAGGCCGACCGCGUCCGCAAUGUCAACAGCAACGCACAGAAAUUCGCCAACGACACUGAUGGCUACAAGCCAUGUGACCCUCAGAUCAUCAGAGACCGCGUGGCCCACCUGGACUUCUGUUACCAGGAGCUGAGUCAGCUGGCCGCAGAGCGCAGGGCUCGUCUGGAGGAGUCCAGGAGACUGUGGAAGUUCUUCUGGGAGAUGGCCGAGGAGGAGGGCUGGAUCCGUGAGAAGGAGCAGAUCCUCUCCUCUGAGGACUAUGGCAAAGACCUGACCGGAGCCGUACGUCUCCUGAGCCAACACAAGGCCUUCGAGGACGAGAUGAGUGGACGAGGAGCUCACCUGCAGCAGACCAUCAGGCAGGGAGAGGAGCUGGUGGCCAACAAUCACUUUGGAGCAGACAAGAUCAAAGAGAGAAUCCAGGACCUCCAGGACCAGUGGGCGGCUCUAGAGCGCCUCUCUGCUGUCCGCAAAGCCAAACUACAAGAAGCCUGUAACCAGCAUCAGUUCCAGGCUGAUGCAGAUGACAUUGACACCUGGAUGUUGGACGUGUUGAGAAUCGUCUCCUCUGUGGAUGUGGGUCAUGAUGAGUUCUCCACUCAGGCUCUGGUGAAGAAGCACAAAGAUGUGGCCGAGGAGAUUUCCAGCUACAGACCUGUGAUCGACGCCCUCCACGAACAGUCCAAAACCCUGCCCCCCGAGAAGGCCAACUCUGAGGAGGUGCAGAGCAGGCUGGCUGGGAUAGAGGAGCGUUAUAAGGAGGUGGCAGAGCUGACCCGUCUGAGGAAGCAGGCCCUGCAGGACGCUCUGUCUCUGUAUAAGAUGAUGAGUGAAGCCAACGCCUGUGAGCUCUGGAUCGACGAGAAGGAGCAGUGGCUCAACAGCAUGGAGAUCCCUGAGAAACUGGAGGACCUGGAGGUGGUGCAGCACCGCUUUGAGAGUUUGGAGCCGGAGAUGAACAGCCAGGCUUCGCGGGUCGCUGUGGUGAACCAGGUGGCCCGUCAGCUCCUGCACAGUGGACACCCCAGCGAGAAGGAGAUCAAGACCCAGCAGGACACUCUCAACACAAGGUGGGGUCAGUUCCGAGACCUGGUGGAUCAGAAGAAGGACAGCCUGAACUCAGCUCUGGGGGUUCAGAACUACCACCUGGAGUGCAACGAGACCAAGUCCUGGAUCAAGGAAAAAACCAAGGUGAUCGAGUCGACCCAGGAGCUGGGGAACGACCUGGCGGGUGUGAUGGCGCUGCAGAGGAAACUGACGGGGAUGGAGAGGGACCUGGCCGCCAUCGAGGAUAAACUGGGAGACCUGGACAAAGAGGCCGAGCGUCUGGCCUCAGAACAUCCCGAGCAGUCUGAGGCCAUAAAGGGACAGCUGCAGAACAUCAAUGGGGUCUGGGCUGAGAUGAAGGACACCAUGAAGAACCGUGAGGAGUCUCUGGGCGAGGCCUCGAAGCUGCAGCAGUUCUUUAGGGAACUGGAUGACUUCCAGUCGUGGCUCUCUCGCACACAGACAGCCAUCGCUUCUGAGGACAUGCCCAACACUCUGACCGAGGCCGAGAAGCUGCUGGCCCAACAUGAGAACAUCAAGAACGAGAUCCGAAACUAUGAGGAGGACUACCAGAAGAUGAGGGACAUGGGAGAGAUGGUGACACAGGGUCAGACUGACGCUCAGUACAUGUUCCUGAGGCAGAGGCUGCAGGCGCUGGACACUGGCUGGAACGAGCUGCACAAGAUGUGGGAGAACCGCCAGAACCUCCUGUCCCAGUCCCACGCGUACCAGAUGUUCCUCAGAGACACCAAACAGGCCGAGGCCUUCCUCAACAACCAGGAGUACGUCCUGGCACACACAGAGAUGCCCACUACACUGGAGGGGGCAGAGGCUGCCAUCAAGAAGCAGGAGGACUUCAUGACCACGAUGGACGCCAACGAGGAGAAGAUCGGAGCUGUGGUGGACUCAGGGCGCCGCCUAGUGUCCGACGGCAACAUCAACGCAGACCGCAUCCAGGAGAAGGUCGACUCCAUCGAAUCCAGACGUAAGAAGAACCGAGAAGCCGCCAGUGAGCUGCUGAUGAGGCUGAAGGACAACAGAGACCUGCAGAAGUUCCUCCAGGACUGUCAAGAGCUGUCUCUGUGGAUAAACGAGAAGAUGCUGACGGCCCAGGACAUGUCUUAUGACGAGGCCAGAAACCUCCACAGUAAAUGGCUGAAGCACCAGGCCUUCAUGGCUGAGCUGCAGUCCAACAAGGAGUGGCUGGACAAGAUCGAGAAGGAUGGACAGACGCUGAUGGCAGAGAAGCCUGAGACCGAGGCCAUGGUGAAGGAGAAGCUGUCGGCUCUGAAGGGCAUGUGGGGCGAUUUGGAGGGCACCACUCAGACCAAAGCCAAGUGUCUGUUCGACGCCAACAAAGCCGAGCUGUUCACCCAGAGCUGUGCCGACCUGGACAAGUGGCUGGAGAAUCUGGACGGCCAACUCAUGUCCGAUGACUACGGCAAAGAUCUCACCUCAGUCAACAUCCUGCUCAAGAAACAACAGAUGCUGGAGAGUCAGGUGGAGGUGCGGCAGAAGGAGGUGGAGGAGCUGCAGUCUCAGUCCCAGGCCCUGAGUCAGGAGGGGAAAGGCUCAGAGGAGGUGGACGGACAGAGAGUCAGCGUGGAGAGGAGGUUCCAGUCUCUCCAGUCCCCACUGCAGAAGAGGAGAGACAUGCUCAUGGCCUCCAGGGAGAUCCACCAGUUCAACAGGGAUGUGGAGGAUGAGAUUCUGUGGGUGGAAGAGAGAAUGCCGUUGGCCACUUCCACAGACCAUGGACACAACCUACAGACGGUUCAGCUGCUCAUCAAGAAGAACCAGACUCUUCAGAAGGAGAUCCAGGGCCACCAGCCUCGUUAUGACGACAUCUUUGAGCGCAGCCAGAGCGUCCUGAGGCAGAACACCCCCACAGCAGAGGCCAUCAAGCACAGACUGUCUGAGCUCCAGGCUCUGUGGGCCCAGAUCAGGCAGGAGACUGAGAACAGACAUCAGAGGCUGAGCCAGGCCCAUGAAGCACAACAGUACUACUUCGACGCAGCAGAGGCCGAGGCCUGGAUGAGUGAACAGGAGCUCUACAUGAUGUCUGAGGAGAAGGCCAAGGAUGAGCAGAGUUCUGUGGCCAUGUUGAAGAAGCACCAGAUCCUGGAGCAGGCUGUGGAGGACUACGCAGACACUGUGCACCAGCUCUCCUCGACCAGCAGGGGGCUGGUGGCCGCUGGACAUCCAGACAGCGAGCGUAUUGGCAUGCGUCAGUCCCAGGUGGAUAAACUCUACGCAGGGCUGAAGGACCUGUCUGAGGAGCGCAGGGGCAAACUGGACGAGCGCUUCAGGCUGUUCCAGUUGAACAGAGAAGUGGACGAUCUGGAACAGUGGAUCGCAGAGAGGGAGGUGGUCGCCGGGUCACACGAGCUCGGACAGGACUACGAACAUGUCACUAUGCUACAGGAGCGUUUCCGUGAGUUCGCCCGUGACACUGGCAACAUUGGGCAGGAGCGCGUGGACGCCGUGAACAGGCUGGCUGAUGAGCUGAUCAAUGCUGGGCACAGUGACGCCGCCACCAUCGCUGAGUGGAAGGACGGGCUGAACGAGGCCUGGGCAGACCUUCUGGAGCUCAUUGACACACGCACGCAAAUCCUCGCCGCCUCCUACGAACUCCACAAGUUCUACCACGAUGCAAAGGAGAUCCUCAACCGCAUCCUGGACAAGCACAAGAAGCUGCCCGAGGAGCUGGGACGGGACCAGAACACCGUGGAGACCCUUCAGAGGAUGCACACCACAUUUGAACAUGACAUCCAGGCACUAGGCACACAGGUGCGACAGCUGCAGGAGGAUGCCGUUCGUCUGCAGUCUGCGUACGCCGGGGACAAAGCUGACGACAUCCAGAAGAGAGAAGGCGAGGUGCUGGAGGCCUGGAAGAACCUGCUGGAGGCGGUGGAGGGUCGUAGGGUCAAACUGCUGGACACUGGAGAUAAGUUCCGUUUCUUCAGUAUGGUCCGGGACCUCAUGCUUUGGAUGGAGGACGUCAUCCGCCUGAUCGAAGCUCAGGAGAAGCCCAGGGAUGUGUCGUCUGUGGAGCUGCUCAUGAACAACCACCAGGGCAUCAAGGCCGAGAUCGAUGCCCGUAAUGACAGCUUCACCGCUUGCAUCGAGUUGGGCAAGGCUCUGCUGGCACGAAAACACUACGCUUCAGAAGAGAUUAAAGAAAAGUUGCUACAGUUGACGGACAAGAGGAAAGACAUGAUUGACAAGUGGGAGGACCGAUGGGAGUGGCUCAGACUAGUGCUGGAGGUGCAUCAGUUCUCCAGAGACGCGGGGGUGGCGGAAGCCUGGCUGUUGGGACAGGAGCCGUACCUGUCCAGCCGUGAGAUCGGACAGAGUGUGGAUGAGGUCGAGAAACUCAUCAAGAGACAUGAGGCCUUCGAGAAGUCUGCCGCCACCUGGGAGGAACGCUUCGCCGCUCUGGAGAGGCUCACCACGAUGGAGUUGUUGGAAGUGCGGAGAAGGCAGGAGGAAGAGGAGAGGAACAGACAGCCUGCGGUCACUGAGGCCUCGCCCACUGAAGCUGCUGCACGGGAGGGAGAAGCAGCAGCUCAGAACGGCCUGCCCUCUGACCAGGAGUCGCCCAGGGACGGCGUGGACGGAGGCGAGGUGGUGAACGGAGUGUCAGAGCCCAGUCCCGCUGGGUCUCCCGGGGCCACGCGUAAGGGCAAGCCCAGCCAGGCCGCCACGCUGCCCCACACCAAAACAGACAGCCCCACCUCCCAGCUGGAGGGAGUACUGCACCGCAAGCACGAGUGGGAGGGGCAUAACAAGAAGGCUUCAAGCAGGUCGUGGCACAAUGUGUACUGCGUGAUAAACCAGCAGGAGAUGGGCUUCUAUAAGGACCAGAAGAGCGCGAGCCAGGGCAUCCCGUACCACAGCGAGAUCCCCGUGAGCCUGAAGGACGCCGUGUGUGAGGUGGCCACAGACUACAAGAAGAAGAAACACGUCUUUAAACUCAAAAUCACUGAUGGAAACGAGUAUCUCUUCCAAGCCAAAGAUGAUGAGGAGAUGAACACCUGGAUCUCCGCCAUCUCCAACGCUGUGUCGGGCGACAAGGGCGAGGUGACACCCAGCAGCCACAGCACGCCCGCACCCACCGCACGCGCUCAGACGCUGCCCGCCUCCGUCGCCACGACAGCCACCGCCGCAGAGUCCAGCCCGGGCAAGCGAGAGAAGGGGGACAAAGAGAAACGCUUCAGUUUGUUCAGCAAGAAGAAAUAGAUGCUCUUCCUAAAUCUGUCUCUCCCUCCCUCCUUCCUCUCUUUCUCUCUAUCUCUCUCUCUCUUUCUCUCUUUCCUCAUCCCUCUCUCCUCUUCCCUUCGGUGCUGUUUGGGUUGAAAAGUCUUACCGAUCUGAAACAAGGUGGAGUCAACGUGUAGCACCUGGCAUUGUAAUCACUACAGUACUAGCGCAUAGCAUAGCACUAAAUUUGAACUUAACGUUAAAAUGUCCAACUAAAACUCCCAAACAGCUAAUCCCUUCAUUUUUUCUUUACCCUCCCCCCUCCUCAUAGCGUGACUAGCAUGCGAGCUCCCAGCCAAAAGUCUCAAAUUUGUGCCUAAUGACCGACCGGGCUGGUUCAGAGCGCCACAAAACACUCCACGCCAUCUUGUUUUUGUAAUAUACGGAACAGGGAAAGAUAAAAAAAACAUCUCUUAAGGAAUUCCGAAUCUGAAAACGCGUCAGGCAGCUGCUGUUAAAUCCAAAAAUUCCAGUUUGCCAUUGAACAACAGUGCACUGAAGAGUUCCCAGUCUCUCCACUCGAUAUUCCCGCUUGUUUUUGCUUCGUUUGUCACCAUCAUCCUGCCUAUUUCUACUACUGCCUUCUGUGGGUUUGUGUUUACGCUUCCCCCCCAAAAAUUCUCACUUUUUUUUUUAUAAUUUUCCGUAUUUUUUUAUUUUAUUUUAUUUUAUGUUAUUAAUAUUUUUGUCGAAGCUAAUCUAGGGUCCAGUUCUUUUUUUUUUCCUUUUUUUGCAAGGCCUUGUCUUUGCAAGAUGAGUGUAUCCCUAUGUAAUGGGGAGACCGCGACAGGGUAAAACUCCGAAAAUUUACAUCUUAAAAAAAUGAAAAUCGUCUACAAAUAUCGUGGAAAAAAUACAGGAUGUAACCAUAAGUCCAUAAGUAUGCACUGAGUUAUAUAUGAAGGAUGAAUUGCGAUAGUAAACCAAUAAAACUUGCGUGUAAAUUCCGAGCUUUACCCUGCCGCGCUUUGAAACUGUAAUGUAUAACUUGUGUAUAACUGUUUAAAAAUGAACCUGUGUUUUAAUUUCACUAUUGCUACUACUAGUACUAAUAUACCCUCAAGUAAUAAGCUUAAUUUCUUAACCUCGCGUAAUCUACACUGCUAUCUGAAUGAAGGAUUAACUAGGCCUGACCAAUGAGAAUGUCUGAUAUUGCAUCCGAUAAUUUCAAUUGUGUUCACUUUUUUCCCACUUUUUUUGGUUUAUUUUUUCCCUUUCGUAAUAUUUGUUUUGUUUUUUUGUGAUAAAACUAAGCAAUGUUUUAAGAUUUAGUCCGACAUUAUGAAGAUGUUAUAAAAAUACGUACUUUAAGCUGUUCAAAAAACGUUGGAUUCUAUACAAAGCAUUUACCAGGAAGUGGUCCGUGUAUUGGUUGCUUGCUUGUUGGCUUAAGAAUUUUCAACCAUCUAUAAUAUAUGACCUAGCAGUGAAGUCUUUGCAGUUACUUCAAAUGGGAAAUUUCAGAAACGGAAGCCUGUUUGGGUCAAAAAUAACCUGUGUACAGUUCUAUGGUGAGAGGUGAGCGACGAAAAUAACUUAUGUACAGAUGAAAUUAGCAUGCGCUUAGAAUCCUUUCGCAGCUAUUAAACCUGAUCAUGUCAAAGUGGCACUAUGCUACACGUCAAUGCCAUAUGCUCGCUUGAUUAUUAUUGUACAUACCACCAUGAAGUCACCUACUUUUUAGGUUCUAACACUGCAAGGAAAUAUCUUGAUUUAAUGCCGAUAGCUUGAUAUAACUUAGGCAUGUCAAGUGGAAGUGCAUGUUGUACAAAUUCGCCCUACUGGCUGAUAAGACUGAAACCUGUUUUGCUAGUUUGAAUGAAUAUUAAUUUUGUAUUUAAUUUUAUAUCGCAAAAAAACUAAAAAAUCAUAGCUGGAAAACAACGUGGAGGAUGUGGAAAGCUGGAGGAGGGUGCGUUCGUCGGCUGUUGGAGACACUUCGGAGUAACUGGAACACUUCACUGGGGGUUGUUGGGUCCCUUUUCUAUAUUUUUUUGUUUAUCGCUACAUUCUCUGGCAAUUCCGAUUGAUAUAGUGUGCAUUCUUCUGUCACUGUAACCAUUAGUAACGAGAUCUUUAUUCAUAUUGCACAAUCAGAAAUGCCACGAUACGGGGCGGGCUAGCGGGUGGGCGGGGCUUGGGUUUGUUUAGCCGAGGUAUGUUGUGUGUGGCGUGGGCCGGGGGGCACUGCUAGUUGGAUCUGCACCUGUAGACUUCUCCCCUUCUCUGUUACAUAUGUGCAAAAAGCCAUUAAAAUGCUUUUAAAACGAA